CAACUGGAAAAUGACACCCAGAGUUCACGUGGAAACGCUAGUGGAUUCCGUGUGGAUGAAUGUCAAAACUUCAUAGAUUCCCUUCAGCUACAAUAAAGGAUAAAAUCUUAAAAAUGCUAAAAUAAAAAUCAACUGCAUUCAGUAUGAAAGCAUUUUAUCAACUGACAUAGUUGAUAAAAAUGUACUUUAUUAGAUGUUGGAGGAGAAGCGCCGCUGUCAUAACGUCGAUAAGGUCAAUUCCAGUGAAAAGGCUCUUAUGUUCUGGGUCAGAGGAUGACACUGUUUUUGCCCUAUCGUCGGGUCAGGGCAGGUGCGGGGUGGCUGUAGUUCGGGUCAGUGGUCCGUCAUCAGCACUCGCUGUCCGCAGUCUGACCCGCGUGCUUCCCGCCGCUCGCAUCGCCAGUCUCCGCAGCAUCAUACAUCCACAGACUCAAGAGCUGCUGGACCGUGGCCUUGUCCUCUGGUUUCCAGGUCCUCGCAGUUUUACAGGAGAGGACUGCGCAGAGUUUCACAUUCACGGAGGUCCUGCUGUUAUAAAUGGAGUGUUACAAGCGCUUGGGAGUUUGCCAGGGCUGCGACCUGCAGAGGCAGGUGAGUUUACCCGACGGGCGUUCAGUGCUGGAAAACUGGACCUUACCGAAGUGGAGGGUCUGGGUGACCUGAUCCACGCAGAGACUGAGGCACAAAGGCGGCAGGCCCUCCGACAGAUGGCAGGAGACCUGGGCCGCAUCUAUCAAGACUGGAGUGAUCGUCUAAAGCGAUGCUUGGCACAUGUUGAAGCGUUCAUCGACUUCAGUGAGGAUGAACUCGUAGAGGAUGGAAUCUUAAAUGACGUGGAUGUAGCUGUUCGACAGCUGCAGACACAGAUUGGAGAUCACCUGUCGGAUCAGCGCAGAGGAGAGCGCCUGCGCACUGGCGUUCAGGUGGUCAUUGCUGGAAGCACUAAUGCGGGCAAGAGCAGCCUGCUCAACAUGCUGAGUAAGAUCAGAUUUACACUUACUGAACAUUAG